AUGAUGCAAAACUUGGAAGAACCUUGUGUCAUUGUAAUGGACAACUGCCCUUACCAUUCUGUUCUCGUUCAAAAUUAUCCCAAAUCAAAUGACAAUAAAGCUACUUAUCAAAAGUGGCUUGCAGAAAAUGGUGUGGAAUUCGCUUCAUUUGAAACACUCAGUGAGCUGCGAGAACAGGUAAAACUUUUAAAACCGAAAGACAAAAGAUAUGAACUUGAUGAAAUUGCUCUAGAAAUGGGGCAUGAAGUCAUACGGCUAUCCCCAUAUCAUUGUCAAUAUAAUCCGAUCGAGUUGAUAUGGGCCCAGGUUAAAGGGGAAAUUGCAAAUAAAAAUAACAGUUUUAAAAUCACAGAUGUUGAAAACUUGGCAAAUAUAGCCAUAGAAUCCGUUACUGUUGACAAUUGGAAACGUUGUGUUGAUCAUUGCGAACGUUAUUGUAUUACCUAUGUUUUAUGUUAUUGA